UCCGUUCAGCAUGAGCACGUCGAUUCUGCGCAACCUCAUCUCAUUCGCCGACGAGCCAAACGAGGAAUGCUCCAGCGUUAGUGUCAAAGGCGACGCGACCUACUGCAUCAAGGGGCCCGUGUGUGGUGCCACGGCAGGCGCAUGUCCAGCUGAGGGAGACGCCGCGGUCAGUAACUGCGUCAAGUCAUCUAGAAGCUUCGCCACUGGGUGCAUCGCACCGGUAGAUGCCCAGUGCGUGAUCACCCCUCUUAACCAUUGGGAGUGCGUUUUCCCAAACAUCAGCAGCGCUACUACUCCGCCCACUUUGGAGACUCAAGCAACGCAGCAGCCGACAAUCUCAACCAACAAGUUGGCUCUGUCCGCCUCGACUGAGUCUACCAGUACGCCCUCAGGGUCCGAGAACUUGGUGCAGGGGCCGAACACUGCUCUAAACAUUGCUGUCGGUGUGUCCUGCUGCGUCCUUGCUCUCGUGGGACUCGUGUAUGUCAAGAAGAGGCGUGACGCCAAGAAAGCACAAGAAGACGAGUACAAAUUUUCACCCAGCGAAAUAUCCAUCGUGAUGGUAUAAUC